GUGGGCUCAAAAAAUGCGGCCUUCUUCCUGGGCCACACCAUCAAGGUUGUCACUAAGCAGCCCAAUAGCCGCAUCGUCCAUGAGCUGACGAUCGAUGGUGAAGCCCUCGAGGCCCGGUACCGAAACAACGAGCCUGUCUACGAGAGCGACAUGGUGCACCGCGAGCCUGGCGAUGACUCAACGCUGCUGCCAGGCUCAGAGGACAGGCUGGAGCCCUGCAGGCAAUGGGUAACCGAGGAGGUGCUGCAGGGAAGCCGAGGGGAAGUGUGUGGAAAUGGGGAGAAGCUGCAGGGAGACAAGGGGAAGCAUGGGGGAAAGGGAGACCUGGGUGGCAGCUUCACCCGAGUUGUGGUAACAAAUUUGAAAGAUGAAGCUAAAGACCUCUUGUUGGACGAGGGUUGGUGUGGGCGCAUGUGCCACACUCUGGCACACAUGUAUCACUAUUACAUCCACGGAGACAGGGACAGUGCCAACAAG